GCGGCGGGCGGACGGGGCGGGCGCAGGCGGCGCAAGCCGGGCGCCGAGGACAAGGGGCCGCGGGCAGGGCCGGCCGGCCGGCGGGCGGAGCGCCGCCGCCGACGCACACGAGGUGACCAGGCAUUGAUGCACCCCCAGGGAGGCCACGCGCUCAAGGAGGCCACCCCCGCUGGCUGCUGCUCACAUGGUUUCUGGGCCCCUGGCACUACGGUGGUACGCGUGGGCAGGGCGAGGGGACAUGGGGCCCGACAUGGAGCUGCCCAGCCACUCCAAGCAGCUCUUGUUGCAGCUGAACCAGCAGAGGACAAAGGGCUUUCUGUGUGAUGUCAUCAUCAUGGUGGAGAACUCCAUUUUUCGGGCCCACAAGAAUGUUCUGGCUGCCAGCAGCAUCUACUUCAAGUCCCUAGUCCUGCACGAUAACCUCAUCAACCUGGACACGGACAUGGUCAGCUCCACGGUGUUCCAGCAGAUCCUGGACUUCAUCUACACGGGCAAGCUGCUGCCCAGCGACCAGCCAGCUGAGCCCAAUUUCAGCACUCUCCUCACUGCCGCCAGCUACCUCCAGCUGCCCGAGUUGGCAGCCCUCUGCCGUCGUAAACUCAAGCGAGCCGGCAAGCCCUUUGGCUCCGGACGGGUGAGUGCCACCGGCAUGGGGAGGCCUCCCCGCAGCCAGCGGCUGUCCACAGCCUCUGUCAUCCAGGCACGGUAUCCGGGGCUCAUGGACGGACGCAAGGGGGCCCACACCCCCCAGGAGCUCCCCCAGGCCAAAGGCUCGGAUGACGAGCUCUUCCUCGGAGGCUCAAGCCAGGAGGGCGUGCAUGGCCUGAGCCGGGCCGUCUGUCCCACCAGUGGGGAGGCUGGCCUGGGCAGCUGCAGCACCAAUGGGAGCAGUGGGGGCUGCGAGCAGGAGCUGGGCCUGGACCUGUCCAAGAAGAGCCCUCCCCUGCCCCCUGCUACCCCCGGUCCCCCCCUGACCCCAGAAGACCCGGCCCAGCUGAGUGACAGUCAGCAUGGCUCGCCCCUCUCAGCCUCUGCCCCUCCUGUUGCCAACAGUGCCUCUUAUGCUGAGCUGGGGGGCACCCCCAAUGAGCCCAUGGAUCUGGAGGGGUCUGAGGAUAACCACCUGAGUCUGCUGGAGGGGCCUGGUGGGCAGCCCCGGAAGAGCCUGCGGCACUCAGCCCGCAAGAAGGAAUGGAGCAAGAAGGAGCCUAUGGUGGGGUCCCCCUUUGAGCGGAGGGAAGCGGGGCCCAAGGGCCCUUGCCCGGGGGAAGAGGGCGAGGGGUUAGGGGACAGGGUUCCCAAUGGCAUCCUGGCCAGCAGCGUUGCGGGGAGUGGCCCCAGUGGGCCUUACACGGAGCCCCCGUACUCCUGCAAGGAGGAGGAGGAGAAUGGCAAGGAUGGAAGUGACGACAGCGGGCAGAGCGGGAGUGAGGGGGGCAGCGGCCAUGCUGGUACCCACUACAUGUACCGGCAGGAGGGCUACGAGACGGUGUCCUAUGGGGACAACCUGUAUGUGUGCAUCCCCUGCGCCAAAGGCUUCCCCAGCUCUGAGCAGCUCAAUGCCCACGUGGAGACACACACAGAGGAGGAGCUGUUCAUCAAGGAGGAGGGUGCUUACGAGACAGGCAGCGGGGGCGCUGAGGAGGAGGCUGAGGACCUGUCGGCGCCCAGCGCGGCCUAUGCUGCUGAGCCCCGGCCCUUCAAGUGCUCCGUCUGCGAGAAGACCUACAAGGACCCUGCCACGUUGCGGCAGCACGAGAAGACACACUGGCUGACUCGGCCCUUCCCCUGCAACAUCUGCGGCAAAAUGUUCACCCAGCGCGGCACCAUGACACGUCACAUGCGGAGCCACCUGGGCCUGAAGCCCUUUGCCUGCGAUGAGUGUGGCAUGCGCUUCACCCGCCAGUACCGCCUCACUGAGCACAUGCGUGUGCACUCGGGCGAGAAGCCCUAUGAGUGCCAGCUCUGCGGAGGCAAGUUCACCCAGCAGCGCAACCUCAUCAGCCACUUGCGCAUGCAUACUUCCCCCUCCUAGCUCCUAGAAGCCAAAGACCCUUCUCCCCGGCCCAAGGGUGCCCUCUGCAGACUCGCCCUCGGGAGCCAACGGAAGGAAGAAAGAAAGAAGCACGGAGGCCAGGCAGGAGGGGCCAGGACCCCCAGGUCCCACAGCGGUAGCUCCUGGUGGCACCUCCAGCCAGCCCCCCCCCCCCCACACCCAGAGCUUUAAUGGACAGUCUGUACCAAGGGAAGAGAGAGGAGGGAAGCCGAUGGGCCCAAGCUCCGCAUGUGCAUUGCUGGUGUGCAGUCUACCUCCCGAUUCCGCCCAGGCCUCUGGCUCCCCGAGACGGCCACUGCGGGGCCCGUGGGAGUGGGUCAUGGGGGUCUUGCUGGGAUCUGGCCCGUUUCCCGCAGGCCGGGUCAGAGCAGGGGGCAGUGGGGGCCUCCCUCUGCUGGGGAGGAGCAGGGCUGCCCCGUGGCCAGGGGCGGUGUCUGUGUGCAUGCACGAGUGCUUGUCUGUGUGCGGGCCACCCUGGCUCUUCGGGGAAUGGUGCUGGAGGGGAGGGGACAGAGCCCUCCUUCCUGGAGCCAGGGGUCACUGCUCACUGGCGCUGGGACAGUCAGGGGGGCCCCCACCGCCUACCUCUCCACAGCUAAAGAGCCCUCUGGGCCUAGGUUGCUGUUAUUCCUACUGAUCUGUUCCUUUUUUCUUUUUGAAUUUUGUUUUUUAAACCAAAACUAACAAGAGUUUAUUUUCCUCCCGGCCCCUCGGGGCUGAGCCUGGGUCUGCAGACUGAAUGUACAGGGGCAGCUGCCGUCCUGCCCCCGCCCCGGCUGAGGGGCGCCCACCCCUCCAGGCCCCAGAAGCCCUUCUAGGCCAAAGGCUUCCCUGGGCCCCGAGCCCCGCCUCGGCUGCCUCAGGAGAGAGAGUGAUUUACCUAUAGUUUCCGAGGAAUAUUCUUUGUUUAGAGGUACUUCUUUUUUAUUAAGAGAAAAACCAGUGUAAUGUUUAUGUGAAUGUUUGAACUGGAAGGUCUGGGACUUGUGGGGGGAGGGGGGAGGCUGGACUCAAUGCCAGAGCCGUCGGUACUCUUCUUUUUCAUUUUCUGUGUGUGUGUGUGUGUGUGUGUGUGUGUGUGUGUGUGUGUGUGUGUGUGGUGUGCUUGGUGCGUGUGGACAGAUAUUGCGCUUUCCUUCCUUCCUUCCCAAUCAAGGUGGAGAGACUUCUGACCUUUUGCUACCUCUUGAAUUCAUGAGAACAGUACGUUGGUGACUGGCAGUUGAGGCCGUGACACUUGUUUUCCUCCUGUUAGUGUGCAUAGGAAGACGCGCGUUUGAGUGAGCCAGGCUCUGCCUGGCCCAGGUGGCCCUACUGGGCCCUCCACCCCCAGUGCUCUUAGAGGGGAGCUCCUGCAGCUGCUGAGUCAGCUCACAUGUGUCUUUACCCCCAGAGCAUGCGGCUAGCUGUGUCCACCCUGUGGGUGUUCUGAGUCCGUUGUGAAGUGUCAGGGAGCCUGCGUGUGCGCCUCUGAUCUGGGGCUGGGUGAGGCAGGUGAGUGCUCCAGCCCCAUGGGAGAUCGGGGCCUGGAGCCAGCUCCCUGCAGUUCCCUGCCAGGGCCAGGAUGAGGUGGAAGUGAGCCCCCCCUCCAUCCUGUCUCCUGGGCCUGCAAGAGCUGAGACUUGGGAGAGCAGCAACCCCCCAGCCAGUGCAGAGGCUUAGGGAGGCACUGGCCAAAGUGAUGUAUACCCUCCUUGGGGACAGGGAGAGGUUACCUACCCUGCUUUGGCACCUUCUCUGAGCAGUCCUGGCUGCUUUGGCAAGAGGCUGGCUGCCACCCAUUGGCUCAGCCCUGUCUGGAGUCCCACCCUUUACCCCUCAACCCUCACCUUGGGGUUUCUCUACCAGCCACAGGACCUCUCCAUGGGCUGGGAGUCGGGCUCACAAGGCCAGACCAAGGUUGCCGUUGGUCCCACUGUCCUCAGCUGACUGGAGCCACAGGAUUAGGCCAGCAGCUUUAUCUUCAUUUUGCUUCAUGCUUUUCUUUUUUUUUUUUUUCCUUUCUACUUUACGUUCAGACCAAAAAAUUCCAGAGUCAUCCUCUACCCUCACCCCUCCAGAGACCCUCCAGCUGAAAACAGCCUGAGUUCAGGGACCCGAAUGGUGAAGGGUGUGUUUUGCAAGUGAGGGCUUCUGGCUGAGCCCAUCUCAAGGCACCCCCAGCCCCAAGCUGGAUCUUCUUCCCUAUGGGUGGGAAACAGAGCACUAGACCUAGUGUCUUGUGUUCCCACAAGUCAGGUGAGGAGGCAUGGUGCUUUCCAGGCCCCUCUGCCCUCCUGACCCCACCCCACUCCAUCAGCACUUAAGCCACACGACACAAAGUCUGUACCACACGGGAGUUUUAUGUGCGCCUGGCCUGUGUGUGGCCUCUCGAGCCGUGGGCAGCCGCAUCCAUGAGGUGACCCGUGAGAGUAGGUAAUUCAUUUGCAGAGCUUCAGGGACUGGGCGCAAAGGCCCCUCACUCAACGACGUUCGUGCGACAUAGUAUUGUACCCACCUGAGUAUUGUAUCGAGCCUUUUCUGUAUUUUAACAAGAAAGCAAAACACUAGUUUCCUAUUUAAGAUUUUAAGGGUUUGUGGGUGGGGUGGGACUAACACAACACUUGGUUUUGUUUUCUUUUUCCUUUGAUUUCAUGUGGAGUGUGUGCUUGCGAAUGUGUGUGUGGAAAUGUGUUAAGAGCCUCACAAGGAAAUUAGGCCGUUGGAGGCCAAGGGCGGCUUACAGUUCUCUGCUUUAGUCACUUAAUUCCUGAAUGUUUCGGAGAAACAGGAAACAGAAAAUAGCAGAUGUCAUGUAGGAAAGAGAGGAUAAACAAAAAAAAAAAAAAAAAAAAAAAAAAAAAGCUCAUACCCAAAUUCACAAAACCUAUUUUUUAAACCAAAGCACAUUUUGAAUGAGUAUGGAACCUCAAUGGGCUCAGAAAAAAAAAGAUACUAAUAUAUUUAUCUCAUUGUUUACAUAAACUUUUACAGUUUCAGACCUCAGCAGCUGUAAGGCUAGUCCCAGUGAAUCCCCACCUUCCGCUGGAGGCCCUUCUGAGUUGGCUCACGGGCAGAGGGGCAGGCCUGGAGGCCCCCCAGAUUCACCUGAGCCCUCCUCCCCAGCCUGAGGCCUCUCAAAGCCCAGCUGGCACCAAAGAGCUUGGGCCGAUGCUGACUGCCCCCCAGGCCUCCUGGCCAGACCUCAGAGGUCCUGGCUAGCUGGCACAGCAGGGGAUGGCCGUCAGCUCUGGUCACAGGACCCGAGUCUGGGGUUGGGCCCCAGGAUGGAGGGUCCCCCACUCUGCCCGUGACCCUCGUGGUGGGUUGAUGUGAGGGUCCCUCUCAAGCCAAAAAGCCGGGAUCUUUGCACAGCUCAGUUAACUCCAGUGGGUCCCCACCCCCAGGGGACACUCCCACCCCCGGCAGUGGGGGGGUGCUUCCUGGGCUGGUCCUUACCAACACAGACGGUGCAAACACUCUGAACAGUGUUGUUUUUGUAUCAAUAUGUUUGUGCAGUGAUGAAUGUAUUUAUUUCUCAGACUUGGGGCGAGUGAGCGGCUGGCUCCGCCACCGCUCGCUCCCACCAGACCGAGCCAUCGCAAGGGCUCCUCCAGGAUUGCAAAAAAGGUAAAAAAGAGAAGAUGAACCUUUAAGCAAAGAAGAAUCUCAGAGACUCGCAGCAUAGCCAUACACCUCAGCCUGUGAAAUGAACAAUUCGGACCCAGACUGACUUGGAACCUCACGCAGCCUUGUGUGUGUAUUUCCCGUUCGUCACCACUCGGGGGCGCUGGGCUGCCCCGCUAUGCUCCCACCCCCACCCCGUCAGUAUUCACUGGACUGGACCGCGUGCAGGAGUGCGAUCUGGGCCGGGCUGGCUGGGCAGGCAGACCCUACCGCCCUCCCCACAGCCGUCCUGAGUGGGGGAGGCCUGGGCAGCCAGGAGGCAGGGCUCAGGGAAGGGGGGGGGGGCUGUAUCCGUCCACCCCCUUGGCUUGGGGAGGAAAGCAGAGGUACCGGGCCUCCAGAGAACAGACCAGGGAUCUCAGCCCUGUUGUACCCCUAGAAGGGACCAAGGCCCUUGCUCUUCGCCAGAGUCACGUUGGGGCAGACAUUACUGAACCUGUGAACUGAUGCCAGGAGUGCUAGGAUGGAGAGAGGGACCUACUCAGCCUCAGUGUGACAUUCCAGAUCAGGGGGUGGAGGUUCGCUGUGGGAAUGGAGGCUGCCCAGGCCCCCGUUCCUAGGACGCUUCUCCCCUGCCAGCUUCAGUCACCCACUUUAAUUUUUCUACCGGGAACCCCUCCCCCUACCUCACCUUGCUAUUUAUUGCUGUAAUUUAUUGACCUCAAAAAUGCUGCAUAACAGACCUCACUUGGGGCAGGGAGGUUCCCCAGGGCUCCCCCCCUCCACUUGGUGGGGCCCCGUGGGGCCAGGUGCUGAGGGGAGCCUCUCUGUAUCCCACCCAUCACUUGUUUUCCCCCUCCCCCCUUGGGGGACCCCAGGUUGGGCACCUGCCCAUUCGCAAAUACCUCGAGGGGGAGGGGGAGGGAUGGGGUUAUAGCCGUUUUGUUUAAUCGGAGAAGCGGGAUCACGUCCUACUCUUAUUUCCUUCCCGGAAGGGGGAGGGGCACCGUGAUCGCACUCCUGUACUGGCCACCGCCGCUAUCCGUCUUCGCAUCGAGUUCACUUCCUUUGAGAGUUUGGAUAAAUUCAGGUCAGAGCUGCAGGUACGCAGCCCACAAGUGUCAUAGAAAAAGCAAUUCACCGACGACUGAUCUCUCCAUUCAGAAGCGUGCAGUCUUAAUGUACAGUGAUAAGAAACUGUUAUUUUAUGAUCUUUUCAUUAAAAGCUUGAUUGAAAACUA